CCAGUGGCCAGAGCACCGCCCCCAGGAGCGGAGGGAGGGGUGGCGGAGCUGGGGGGGGUGCCCAGCUGCCAUCCCCGCCGUCUCCUGGCCCCCACUCUCUGGCACCCAAGUAGGAGGGCGGCAGCUGCCCGCUCCCUCCUCCCACACCCCCGCUACCUGCCCAGUCCCCGAAGCGAAGCCUGAGGAGGCUGCGAGCCAGUCGGGCGAGCCCACAACUUUGCAGCCUCGGGGAAGACCAGGGUUGCGUCCGGGGCUCCUCCUGUCGCGACUGGAGCUGGGAAUGUAAUCGAGGAUGCUGGCCUUGCGGCUGCUCAACGUGGUGGCCCCCGCCUACUUUCUUUGCAUUUCCCUGGUGACCUUCGUACUGCAGCUCUUCCUCUUCCUGCCCAGCAUGCGUGAGGACCCCGCAGCCACCCCGCUCUUCUCGCCUGCCGUGCUUCACGGGGCGCUCUUCCUGUUCCUCUCAGCCAAUGCCCUGGGCAAUUACAUCCUGGUCAUCCAGAACUCCCCAGACGACCUGGGUGCCUGCCAGGGUACCUCGUCCCAGAGACCUCAGUGCCCACCACCCAGCACCCACUUCUGCCGAGUGUGCUCCCGAGUCACGCUGAGGCACGACCAUCAUUGUUUCUUCACCGGCAACUGCAUCGGCAGCAGGAACAUGCGCAACUUCAUCCUGUUCUGCCUCUACACCUCACUGGCCUGCCUUUACUCCAUGGUGGCCGGAGUGGCCUACAUCUCAGCUGUCCUUUCCAUCUCCUUCGCCCACCCCCUGGCCUUCCUCACGCUCCUGCCCACUUCAAUCAGCCAGUUCUUCUCCGGAGCUGUCCUCGGUUCUGACAUGUUCGUCAUCCUCAUGCUCUACCUCUGGUUUGCUGUCGGCCUGGCCUGCGCCGGUUUCUGCUGCCACCAACUGCUGUUGAUCCUCCGGGGGCAAACCCGCUACCAGGUUCGAAAGGGGGUGGCUGUGAGAGCCCGGCCUUGGCGCAAGAACUUACAGGAGGUCUUCGGAAAGAGGUGGCUGCUUGGCUUGCUGGUUCCCAUGUUCAAUGUCGGCACUGAGAGCUCGAAGCAGCAGGACAAAUAGCUGGCAAGCACUCCAGCCAUUUCUGUGUCUCAGUUUCUCCUGAACGUAAGCCCACAGCACCCUUGUCUCCACCUGUGACACACCACACCCUCGCCUAGGAAGGGCCUCAUAUCCGCCCCAGGUCUUAGUCCUCAGAGGAUAUAUUAACAGGUGCAUCCAGAUACGGAAGGGAAAUGACUACCUGGGCACCACUAGGCUGCUCAAGGGCCAGCCAGGAAGGGAGCUGCUAAACUGUUAAGGUGUUUCUACUUCAAGUUUUUUCUUUUCUGGGAAGCCCUUCCCUGCCUUCUGCCUGGCCCAUCCACUCUUAUGUCUCAGGUCAUUGAUGCUUUUGCUAAAGCCCUUCUCCUUGUGUUGAUAGUGGAGACUACGUUCUUGUAGCUGGCAGGAGAUUCCACAGAACCUAAAGGCUGGUAAAAGGUAGUUGCCAUGCAUGAGAGACAGUCGAGUAAGCUUUGCCAACUGCUGGUGAGAAUAGGAAGAGGUGGGGAUCCACCCUCAUCCCUGUGAGGGGUAGUCAGUAGUAUUUGCGUUGGAGAGGAGAGGAGCAUAGGCACUUGCUGCUCAGCCCAAAUGCAAGGCCCUUUCCCCAGAGACAGCAAUCAAUGGCCUGGUGUUCUUAAAUGCUGUUCUUUGCUCAACCUGAGCCCAUCUAACCUGGCCAGCCCAGCCCAGGAGUUAGCUGGAUAGUUCUUUUCUCUGGAAUUCCUCUGGCCUUUCCCUUUUAUCUCUAGUCUCAAGAUUUUUUGCUAGAUAUUAGGAAGGGAAGAAGGGAGAGAGAAGAGGGAAUUACUUACCCAUAAGUAAUAAGAGGAGUGUGUUUCUUAUAUAGCCUUAUAUAAUUGUGUGUGUGUGUGUGUGUGUGUGUGUGUGUGUGUGUGUGUGUAAGAGGGGGUGGAGGUGAGGAGUGUUGUUAUGAUCAUGGACAGAGAGUGAGUAUUGGAGGGGAAGGCGGGAGGGGCAAAUGGGUUAACUCUUUUGUAACCAAAGCCAGCCAGUGUUUAAAUGUUACCUGG